AUGGCAGCUGAAAAAGCAAAGAACGUAGCUAAAGAUGUGGUCAACCAGCCUCUCACACCUAAUUUUACAGCUAAAGACUACUCGUCUUUCUUCCUGGCAGGAGCAUUAUGCUGUACCUUAUCUCACGGAGCUAUGACUCCAAUCGACGUUGUGAAGACUCGUAUACAAAUUGACCCUGCGAUGAAGGGAAUGUCUCUGCUCUCGGGCGGGAGGAGUAUUGUAGCUAAAGAAGGUGUUGCUGGGCUCUUGACGGGCUUCGGACCAACAGCCGUAGGCUAUCUUCUGCAGGGUGGAGCGAAAUUCUCUUUGUACGAUUACUUUAAAAAAGAGUUAGUCGAAUUUUCGGGCAGUCGGGAAAAUGCUGUCAAGAAUAGAACGGCUAUUUAUCUUGGAGGAGCUGCUAUAGCCGAAUUCUUCGCCGAUAUCCUCUUGACACCUCUUGAAGCUACUAGAAUCCGACUUGUAUCUAAUCCCAAGUACGCCAACGGCCUUGUGUCUGGUUUAACUAAGAUCGCUACAACGGAAGGAGUCUCAAGUCUGUAUGCCGGAUUUCUUCCGAUCUUGCUUAAGCAAGUACCUUAUGCCAUUGGUCAAUUUACUGUAAACGAACGUUGCACCGAAUUCAUUUAUAACCAAAUGACCCCUGAAACUAAGGCGAAUUUAUCUCCAACUUCUCAAUUCGGUAUAACUCUUGGUUCAGGUAUCGUAGCGGGUUUUGCAGCAGCCAUACUGAGUCACCCUGCCGAUACCAUCUUAUCCCAAAUCAACAAGGGCCACGGUCCUAAAGGGUCAAUGGUAUACAGACUAGUUACCUUGGGUAAAGAAGCGGGAGUCACCGGUUUAUUCGCCGGUCUCGGCCCAAGAAUGGUGAUGACCGCUGGAUUGGUGGCUUCACAAUUCCUGCUCUACUCCAACAUAAAGUCGGCGCUGGGUGCUAAACCUGGUAUCGAGAUCCACAAGGAAGAAGCUGCGUGA